UAUCGCUCGAACCUGGUCGGUGUUGCUGCUCUCGUUGCUGGUACUUCUGCAUUGCGGAUGUCAUCGGCUUUAUAUCGGGCCUUAUGUCGCACCGGCGAUAAGAUUGUUUAUCCGCUUCUGCCACCAUUUGCUAAAACAGUUUGGAAUCAUGAAGCUGGCCCCAAAACUGUGUUUUUCUGGGCACCAACAAUCAAAUGGUGCCUCGUUUUGGCCGGUAUCGCCGAUUUGAAAAGGCCAGCUGAAAAGCUUAGUGCUUAUCAGGUACCAUUCGUUUUUGAUUCGUUAUCAUCUUCCUUAAUUUCGUUCAUUAUUCCUUUUUGGUUAACUCGUUGA